GAUCUGAAGGAUCUUCAAAAUUUAUUGGACAACAUUAAACCAGACGAAGAUUUGGAAGAAGGAAUAGAACCUACUCCCAAGGAGCUUUCAAUCAACUUGAUGAAGCACCAAAGGUUGGGUUUAACUUGGUUACUUCGAAUGGAGAAUUCCAAAGCGAAGGGGGGUAUUCUUGCUGAUGAUAUGGGUCUUGGUAAGACAGUUCAAACUUUGGCUUUAUUGAUGGCUAACAAAUCAAAGGAUCCUACUAGAAAGACGACCUUGAUCAUUGCACCGGUUUCCUUGUUGAGACAGUGGGAUGCUGAAAUCGAGUCCAAGGUGAAGGCUGAUAUUCAAGUCAAAGUAGCCAUUUACCAUGGCAAUGAUAAGAAGCAAUUGUCUACUUUCAAGGACUUAGCUCAAUACGAUGUCAUCAUGACUUCGUAUGGAACAUUGUCUUCAGAAUGGAAAAAACAUUUCAGCGAAGUGAUUACUGGAGUAAAUAAGAAAAAGAGCAACUAUCUACCUCAUCAUGGUGAAGGAGGUAGAAGUUAUGUUUCUCCGUUUUUUUCCAAGGAAGCCUUUUUUUAUCGAAUCAUCCUAGAUGAAGCUCAGAAUAUUAAGAACAAGUUGUCUCUUGCUUCCAGAGCUGUCACUCUCUUACGGGCAGAUUAUAGAUUCUGCUUGUCUGGUACUCCUAUGCAAAACAAUGUCGAAGAGCUUUACCCCAUCAUUCGUUUCCUACAGAUACGGCCAUAUAACGAGGAGCAGAGGUUUCGCGUGGAUAUUGCUAUCCCAUUGAAAUCAAAAAACAGAGAGUAUGAUGACUAUGAUAAAACGCAAAGUAUGAAGAAGUUGAGAGCUAUUUUGAAAGCAAUUUUGCUUCGGAGAUCCAAGACUACCUUGAUUGACGGAAAGCCGAUCUUGUCGCUUCCGGAGAAACAUUUGAUUUCUGAUUUUGUCGAACUCGAUACCGAGGAACAAGAGUUCUAUAAUUCUUUAGAAUCUGGUAUCAAGAAAAAAGCAAAGAAAAUCAUGCUGCAACAGAAAAGAAUGGGCAUGGCUUCUGGAAUCUUGACUCUUUUACUUCGUUUGAGACAAGCAUGUUGCCACAACUAUUUGGUUGAAAUCGGGGAGAUUAAAGCUAAAGAUAGGAAGAGCGACCUGGGUAAGAAAAGAAUAAUAGAUUGGAGAUUCAUGUUACGACAACUAGCCACGUUAGAUGCUAGUGUGAUAUCGCGAAUUAAACAUCUUGAUCAUGCUAACGAUCCCCCCGAUAACGAUGAAGAUAACAUGUUCACUUGUCCUAUUUGCUACAGUGUUGUUAACAAUUUGGAAGAUACGUUAAUCUUUCCAAAUUGCGGACACAUGAUUUGUCUGUCAUGUGAAGAAGUUUUCUUUGAGGACCAAUUGGAAGAUGAUAGUGGCGAAUCUAACGUCGCUCGUUGUAAGGAAUGCGGAACAAAGGUGAAACAAUCUACUUUAAUAGACUAUAUGAUAUUCAAACUUGUUCAUCAUGAUCAAAUGGAGUUGCCUGAGAUAGCAAGCUUUUGUACUCGUUACUAUGCAAUUUCGAAAACGCCUACAAACAUGCAGCUUGUUCAGCAAUUGGUCAAGAGGGACAACGGAUUGACUCCUUCGGCCAAGAUUUCCAAAUGUGUAGAACUAUUAAGGGAGAUUUUCAAGUCAUACCCAGGAGAAAAAAUUAUAGUCUUUUCUCAGUUCACCAGUUUAUUUGACAUCAUGAAGUUGGUUUUAGAUAAAGAAGAGAUCGACUUCUUGAGGUAUGAUGGAUCCAUGACAAUUGACCAUAAGAAUUCUACUAUCAAGAGGUUCUACCAGGAAGAUGUCAAGGUAUUGUUGUUGUCGUUAAAGGCUGGUAAUGUAGGUUUGACUUUGACAUGUGCAUCUCAUGUGAUUAUCAUAGAUCCGUUUUGGAACCCAUAUGUUGAGGAGCAGGCUAUGGAUAGAGCUCAUAGAAUUGGGCAGGAACGAGAAGUAUUUGUUCACAGAAUCUUAAUUGCCGGUACUGUCGAGAGUAGAAUCAUGGAGUUGCAAGAUAGGAAACGAGAAAUGGUGGGUGCGGCAUUAGACGAGAAGGGCAUGAAGUCUGUGUCUAGACUUGGCCAAAAGGAAUUGGGUUUCUUGUUCGGCUUGAACAGCUUGACAUAG